UGGCUCAAUGGAUUAUGUGGACUUGAAUUUCUACCUUAACUCGAAGUGGGUAUCGACGGUGGCUAGCAUAUGGAUUCAGUGCACAAGUGGAUCACUCUACACUUUCUCCAUCUAUUCUCAAACCCUCAAGUCAACUCAACACUAUGAUCAGUCAACGCUUGACAUUGUCUCUGUCUCCAAGGACAUCGGAGCCAACGUUGGUGUCCUCGCUGGUCUCUUAUACGAUUUCUUUGCCACCUCAUCAACAACCGGGCCUUGGCUUGUCCACUUCUUGGGCUCGGCCCAAUGCUUCUUGGGCUAUUUCCUCAUGUGGGCCGCCGUCGCCGGCGUCCUUCCUCCGGUUCCCGUGCCGGUCAUGUGUCUGUUCAUGUUCGUCGCAGCUCAUGCUCAGAGUUAUUUUAACACUUCCAAUGUUGUCACUGGUGUACAUAAUUUCCCUAACUACAGCGGAACCAUAGUUGGCAUCAUGAAGGGGUUUCUUGGUCUCAGUGGAGCAAUAUUAAUUCAAGUGUAUCGGACAAUAUUCAACAACAAGCCUAUGUCAUAUCUUCUGAUGUUAGCACUUUUACCACCUGUAAAUACUUUGCUGCUUAUGUGGUUUGUGAGAAUCCAUAAAACUCAUGAGGGAGAAGAAAGGAAGUAUCUGAAUUUGUUUUCUUUCAUGGCUCUGGUUGUUGCUGCUUAUCUUAUGGUUGUUAUAAUCCUAGAGAACAUCCUUAGUCUGCAAUUAUUGGUCCGCAUUUUUGUACUCAUUGUGCUUAUUGGGUUGUUAGCCUCACUUCUUUGCAUUGCAUCUAAAGCACAUGAAAGGGGCUCAAGUAGUGUUUCAGAAAAUCUUCUUGAUGAGGGGUCCCUACUAAUUGUGGAACCAAGCCCCCUGGAUACUGAGAAGGUAGAUGCUAGGCAUACUAGGACUAAUACAAACAAUCAAAGGACUUUGCAACUGGGAGAAAACCUGAAUCUUUUCCAAGCAGUGCAAACUGUGAACUUUUGGAUUUUGUUUGUUUCAAUGGCGUGUGGUAUGGGAUCAGGACUUGCAACAGUUAAUAAUAUUGGCCAAAUAGGGGAAUCUCUUGGUUAUGCCAGCCAUGAGACAAGUUCCUUGGUGUCUUUGUGGAGCAUUUGGAAUUUCCUUGGCCGGUUCGGAGCUGGUUAUGUUUCAGACUAUUUUUUGCACACAAGAGGUUGGGCAAGACCUUUAUUUAUGGUCAUCACUUUAAUUAUCAUGAGCAUUGGUCAUGUGGUCAUUGCUUAUGGACUGCCAGGUGCUCUAUAUGUUGGUUCAAUAUUGGUUGGUAUUUGUUAUGGCUCUCAGUGGUCCUUAAUGCCUACAAUCACUUCUGAAAUAUUUGGUGUGGGAAAUUUGGGCAGCAUAUUCAACACCAUUACCAUUGCAGGUCCAGUGGGAUCUUAUAUAUUCUCUGUAAGAGUAGUUGGGUAUAUAUAUGACAAAGAAGCAUCUGAAGGAAAUACAUGCAUUGGAACUCAUUGUUUUAUGUUUCCUUUUCUCAUAAUGGCAGCUGCCGCAGUUCUGGGUUCUCUUGCAGCUUUGGUUUUGUUUUUGCGGACAAAAAACUUUUAUAGUCAGGUUGUACUCAGUAGAAUUCAUAUUUCAUAAUAUUCUGUGAUGGAGUGAAGAGAUCAGGUUGUAGUAUACUGUGAAGGAAUAAUGAACUUGUUGGGGUUCAGUGUCUUAAAGGUAAUAAUGUCUGUGCUUUUCUUUCGCUUUGUAUGUGUGUAUGUGCAUGGCUGUAACUCACUCUCUUUGAUUCUUGUGACACACUGCAAUUUGUUGUGGAUUAUCCUCACUAAGAUCAUUUGCAUGUAAUUAAUUUUUUGCAGUCACCGCGUGAGAAAAACUCUUUUGUGUUUAUGCAGUAGUCUUACUGCAUGAUACAUGAUCCAGUUGAUUUUAUCCCAUGCUUUCAUAAGUUCAUACUUCUAACUCCAGAUUUGCAGUUAGAAUAUGGCUGUCUUACCGUAGCAUGUGAGGUUUGUGUCCAUGUUAUAAAUACUGUGAUCCACAAUGUGCAGUCACUGCAGUUUCCUGUUUAGAUCACUACUUGGGGUGAUGUAUGUCCAAGCUCUGUGCCAGUGUAUUGGCCAAGUGAAACGGUAGUACAUUGGGUAAAGAAAACAUUGGGAUGAAAAUCACGUUGUACUUUGUUGGUAUCAAAGCAAAAAUGUGGAAUUGGCAGUGUAGAAUACAACUCACUUUCACUAUGGACCAUCUUUUCAGUAGCAGGAAUGCUAGUUUGAACUUUGUUUCCCAUUUACGUUGGAGGAAUCAACUAAUCUUUGAAAAGAAAAAAAAAUUCCUUUGGUUUUGGCCAAGUAGGAUAGCAACCACCUAGAUGUUGUUGGAAACUCUACUGAUUUAGCUAUUACCAACCCCUGAUUCUUUGGGACAGGAGUGAAUCAACUAUUAUUUCAAGAAUUUGUCUCUUUCAUAUUCUACUUGGUCGAUGCCAACUCGAUUGUAACAAA